AUGACUUAUGAAUAUGAUUACUUGGGUGUUGUAGAGGAGAGCUGUUUGACAGAUGAUAGAUUGGAUUCCGGGAAUGAAAGGCCAUUCUGGUCAGUGAUUUUGCCACCCGAGUUUGUGGCUGAAACCAAGGAAAGAGGUAAGAUAGUAAGUUGGUGCCCGCAAGAGAAAGUCCUUAACCACCCAUCAGUUGGACGGUUUUUAACACACAGCAGCUGGAACUCAACCGUUGAGAGUUUGUCUACUGGAGUGUCUCUACUCUGUGGGCCACUCUUCGGUGAUCAGCAGACAAACUGUUACUUCACUUGCAACGAAAGAGGCAGUGGCAUGGAAAUCAAUAGUAACGUGAAGAGAGAUGAGAUGGAGAAGCUUGUUAGAGAAUUAAUGGAUGGGGAAAAGGGCAAGAAAGUGAAAAUUAAGGCCAAAGAGUGGAAGAAACUUGCGGAAGAAGCCACCGGUCUACAUGGUUCUUCAUCCAAAAACUUGGACAAUUUGGUGAAUCAAGUGCCCUUAAAUAACAGCUAG